UUCUGUAUAGGAUUGACACCUCUUCAUAAGGCUGUUUUUCUUGGACAAAAAAAUGCGAUGGUAAAACUACUUGAAAAUGGCGCCACAGUUAAUUGUGUAGAUAAUUUAAACAGAUAUCCUUUACAUUAUGCUGCUCUUCAAAAAGAUAUUGACAGUGCCACUCUAUUACUAACCAAUGGUGCACAUGUAAAUGUUUAUGAUACUUUUUAUGAAAGUCCUUUAUAUACCAGCGUUAUACGAAGACCUUUUCUUCCUAUGAUUAAAUUACUACUAUUUCAUGGAGCUACUAUCUCAUCAGCACCAAAUCAAAUUUCACUAGAUUUACUUCUUGAAACUAUUUUAUGUUUACAAUUUGAACCAGAUAUGAAAAUACUUGAUAUUUUAUUUCAACAUGGAGCAGAUGUAAAUACAACAGACUAUAUUGGUUUACGUACGCCGUUACACAUAGCAGCCAUGAUAGGAAAUAUAAAAUUGGUUGUUUAUCUUAUUGAAAAAGGAGCAGAUUUGAAACGAAAAAAUAGUGCUGGUCAUACGCCAAUAGAUGUAGCUAUAAAAUGUCGUAAUUUUAAAAUUGCGCGAUUAAUAGAAAGUUCAUUUUCAAAAGAAUAAAACAUAUCUAGGAUUUUAAGUAUAAUUUACGGAUAAU